UUGGAAUCUUGGAUAAGUUCAGUGCAUUUAAAUUUGAGAACAAGUUGGGAUCUUUAAGAAAACUUGUUCGUACUCCCAAUUUACCCCUACAACAGCUCAAGCGCCGGCUACUGGAGAAAGAUUUAAAGUUGGAGUUUAACCAAGUCAGCUCCUCGUGCCUCUCCAACGAACACUCAGUCGGUCCACUUACAGGAAAUAUUAUAGGUAGUUUCCGUCAAUUUACGACUUUCAGCAGCUUAAACUUUAAAAUAAAUUGCAAACUUUACCGUGACACAUUUUGUCUGACGAAGGAAAACAUUCUCUUUCGAGUAGUAAAUAUAUUACAAAUAGUUAGCAGUGAAGUGAUUAUUUUAAUUGGCUACAAAUAUCAAAACCUUCGAUCGCUUUUUACUGAACCGUGCUCGUCAAAACUUAUUCAGAUUUUUGUUGCUGGUGAACCAGACUACGAACUCAGCAAAAUUUCCACAACGGAUAUUUUGUACAAGUGCCAGGUGUUUCCCACUUCCGGUGGAUCGGCCGUUUUCCCAUUGAUUCAUCAAUUUUGAAGGUUACCCAGAAUGUUCUAUAUUGUGGAGAUGACGGAUGCCGGAACUGCCUGGGUGGCGAUUGUACCAAGGUCUUACUUCCAUGAAGGGAAGUCGGCUUGGCCAAAAGGAAAAGAUGCAGCCACAAUUGUCAAGUCAGGGAAGCCUCCUAAACAAACUUAUCCAAGAUAUGAUGCAAGAAUCCUGCAUGCUUAUGAAACUUAUGAUGAGGCUCGUAAAAAAAUAGUUGCUGCUGAACAAACGUCGGAUUUAUCAGGCGCUGAAAAUAAUGACCUACCAAAUAAGAGAGCGAGAAUCCGACAACCACCAAUGCCAGCUGGAAGUGACGGAGAUAGUGACGAUUCUGAGAACGAGAGAGUUGUUAAAAAAGCUAAAGUUGUUCGGCCAAUUGGAUCCUCAAAUGUAAAUUCAGCCGACAUGUCCACUCUCCCUCCGAUGCCAUUACUAAAUCUACCAGAAGCUGAACAUAUCGGUCCUGACGCCGAUCUACCGGCAGGAGGACAAACGAGUUCUUUUGGAGAUGGGGGUGGCACCUCGUCACUUUUAAAUGAAGAUACGCCACCAGCCAUCAAUACAGUUGUUCCUGCACCUUUGCGAGUGGACGUAGAAUAUAAUCAAGUUUCCCAUAAUGCAAUUGGAGGACUGGAGUGGACGAUUUCUGACACGUCAACACCCAUUUUCGUUACAAAUAUUCAGGCUGAACAAUGGAAUAAGUUGCUUCAAGAUGUCUCCAACAUCAAAAUCACGUUAAAUAACAUCGAUAAGAAGCUGGACAAUAUCCUAACCAAAGAUUCUGCUCCAAAGGGCCCACCAAUAAUUAAGAAUCCUUUUGAGAAAUUGGAUGAGUUUACUACCUUUGACGAGUCCUUACUUAAUAAUGAUGAGUUGCAGUUAAAAUUGAAAUGCCAUUUAGUACGUGGAGUAGGGGGUAAGGUUCCUGAAGUCGUCAGUGGAAUGCUGAAAAAGUUAUUUACCGAUAAACUGGCCCUUGACAUUAGUCUCAAAGGAUACAAGGGAAAUUACAAUUUCUCAGCCACGGUUAGCUUCAAAGUGAUGUCGGAUUCAGCGAUGGAUAAAAUUCCUGACGUGACCGAGAAGGAAAUUUCUAAAGCUAUGAUUUCGUGGUUCCAGCACGCCAGUGAUCGACUCAAAACAAAAAAGAAUAGUUCAGCGUAAAUUUGUUUACUAAUGUUGCUGAUUUUGUUUAUUGUAAUUAUUAAUUAGUUAAUAAUUAAUUGAUAUUUAAAAGCUGAAUAAAAGGUAUGUGAUAAAAGCUAUUACAUAAUUAGAUAUCAUUACGACAUCAAUAUGACAUCAUUAACUGAUAUCAAUGAGAUAUAUCAAGGAUAUCCAAUGGAGCUCGAAUCCGUGUCAUUAAAUUACAUCGCUACGAUGUCUACAAGAGCAUCCAGGCGAUAUCAAAAGUCGCGAAAUAGCGAUCCGCAGAGGACAUACACUGACAUGUUACGGACAUGAAUUGAUAUCCUCAGGAUAUACAGAGGUCAUCAUUUUUUUAUCAUUAUGAUAUCAGCAAGAUAUAAAAUUGUUCCAUGGGUAGUGAAAUUACUGAGGAGUAAACUAAAUCAGAGAAAGGAUGUUCUUUAUCACAAAGAAAAUCAGAGAUUGUUA